AUGGAAGAACUCUUAACUCCUGUUGGCCAAGUUAAACGCCAGACGGAGGAUCUUCUGACAAUAUCAGAACCUGCCAAGGUCACCAGGGCCUCAAAAUCAGAUUUCAAGGGUGCAUCUCCAGAAGAGGCGCUCGAAACACUAAAACACCAACCCAGCUACGAUGAGCUCAUCUCCGUGCUCGGAUAUUUGCGGCAGGGCUCGCAAGGGAAUCAUCCAUUCGAUAUCCAUCAGCCAAGUCCCGAGGCAGCCCAGAUCAUCCACAUACUUGUAACCGAGAUAGUGCCAAAUUACUGGGAAGUGAUCAAAGAGAGCACCGGCAAGGAACACAAGAACCCAGAUUUGAGAUUGAUGCUCGACUGUUUACUCAGUGUCACCGGCAUCAACGCCGCCAUUACCUUCAUCAAAGCUCUGACUCAGCAAGCAAAGAACGACCCUAGAGGUGUCAAACAAUCAAACGCUAUCGUGAUUCUAUGCUCGCUUAUGGAUCUUGCAAGUCACUUACUCGAGCCAAAGGAUCGAUUGCAAACAGUUUGGCAGAAUCUUUCCCCUUCCAUGAAGAACUCGGGCAGGGCUCGAGCGAUUAGACAAGAAUUCAUAUUUCUAAUGGCUGGAGGAAGAAUCGUAUCAUUAUCUGCAGAAGCCGAAGUACUACUUCGCGAAGCAGAAGCUUCCAAACAGUCAUUCUGGACUGCUGAUAGCAAAGCAUACGUCCAAUGGCUAGGAGCCAAUCUAAAGACUUGGAUACAGAGUGAACAAACAGAUGAUUCCAUUAAGCUCUGCGCGGAGCUUUUGUCUAAGUCGUUGAAACUUGGACAUGCUGCUCUAUCAACGUUUCCACGACUACUAGAUUGCAUGCCUCAACUAGAUCAACGCCGAUUCUUGACAACAAUCCUCAAACUUCUGGCCUCCCGCUUACCCACCUCAUCCGACAAGUCUACAGAAGACUAUCCGAUGAUAUGGGCUGCGGCAGGUGUUCUGAAAUCAGUGAUCGGGACGAGUCAAGUUAGAAAGGGUUAUUUGAUCGCCUGGCUCACUGAUGCAAGCGGAGCUGGACUGGGCGACGAUUGUGGCAUCAGAAGAGCUGCCGUAGCGGCAUUGGCCAAUGAUAAAGAGGCCAUUACCACGGUACUGGAACGAAGUUUGAAUCAGUUUGGAGAUCAAUUAUACAUCAAGCACUCUCCGAUAUUACAGCAAGAAGCUCACGCCCAAGUACUGCUACUAAGCGCCGGCUACGUUCAUCGAAUAUCGCCAAUCAAGCUGACUAUAUUGCUUCGAAGUGGUAGCUAUCUUAAUGCCAUCUCAAGACGAAUCGACGCAUCCCAGCACAGGGCAAAGUUCCUGGGCAUGAUUGUUGGGGAAGCUCUGUCUGGACUUGUAGACGGAAGUGACAAGAAGCUUGAUUUUCACUCGGAUGAGACGCACACAGAGGAAGCGACGUGGUACAAGUCAUUAAUCAAUAUCGCUGACGAAAUUGGACCAGUCAGCCCUCUCCAAACCCAGACAAGUCCCGAAAAACCUUCCACCAGCACGAAAAGGGCGGCAUCAAAACCCAAAGCCCGUUCUAUACCAUCAGCACCAAAAACAGGCUUCAUCAUUGAAGAGAUUGAGGAUGAGGAUGAAGACGAUGAGGAUCUAGUACCUUAUGCAAAGCCAGGCUCAGACGCGGAGGACUCGGAUGAAGACCCAACCCUGAUCAAUCGGGACAAGCCCAAGGCACCUGUCUACAUAAGGGAUCUCAUCCUCUAUCUUCGUGAUGGAGAGAGCUAUGACCGCCAGAAACUGGCCCUUGCCACGGCGCCAGUCCUCAUUCGCCGCAAAGCAAGCUACGGCACAGAAGUCAGCUCACACGCGGAGGAGCUAGCAUCUCUUCUGAUUGGUAUCUCUAACAAGUUUGAACUCGACGACUUUGACAAUCUGCGCCUGCAGGGCAUGAUUGCCAUCGUUGUGGCGCAACCACAAAUCAUGGGCCGCUGGUUCGCCAAGACAUUUUUCGACGGCGAUUACUCCCUUUCCCAGCGCGCUUCCAUUCUUAUCGUUUUGGGUUUGAGCGGUCGUGAGAUAGCUGGCUAUGAGGCAUCAGAUUAUGCGUCCGCCGCUUCAUUCCCCUCCAAGCAGCUACCAGCCAAGAUGGAAAAGCACUACGUCCUGGCACCGCCAUCCGAUCGAUACAGCUCCUCACCCUCGAAUCUAAAGGCGCUCCCGCCCAACGCUCUCGACAGUAUUUCGCAGUCUCUCUCCCAGACUUUCCUCGCCCCUCUAGCCGCCGAAGCCGCCGACGCCGCCACCGGGCCCGAUGCGCUCAAACUGUCAACCUUUACCUCGCGGCUUCAAGACCCCACCAAGGUGAAAUCCAAGGCGAUCAGCAAGAAGCCCGGGAUCCGCAGCAUCCCCAACACGACAGCCCAAGUCAUUGCAACGUCGUUCUUCUUCCCGCUGACGUCGCGGUUCCUCGCAGCCCUGCACUCGCCCUCGGCCUCUCUGCGCGGCGUCCUCUUUCAGCCCUACUUGCUGUCCGUCUACCUCAAGACCCUGGCCCUGCUCCUCCACGCCGCGGGUCCCUCGACGCUGGCUCUGCCCCAGAUGACCUCGGAGUACUGGGACCUGCUGCUCGGCGUCCGGGCGCAGUGUGUCGGCGAGGCUGGCGUCACUCACGCGGUGCUCUUUGGCCUCAUGGCCCUGCUCGAUGUCAAUGAGGGCGAUAUGCGCGGUCUGUGCCAGCAGCACGGCCGCGAAGUUGUCGAGACCGUCGAGUGGGUUAGCGGUGUCUUUGACCGCACCCGCGGCGGCGAUCAAGGUGGCGACGGCGAGGAAAACCAGGUCAAGAUGAUGGCUGCGGGAAUACUGAUCAGACUCCGAGAGGCAGUAGAAAAGUACAGGGCCCUGUUGAUGGGGGAUAUGAUAGGAAUGGCUUGA